CGUGACACACCAGCGGGCUCGCAGGGGUUUCGGACCGGAGGAAGGAGCCGCGCCGCGUCGUCCGGCCUCCCACCGCGCGCCGCGGACUCUUCUCCCCGGCUCUCCGCGAACUCCCCCGCGCCCUUUGCGCGCCCCCGGCCGCCCUCCGCUCUGCGAGCUGCGGACAACUUAACGGGUUGGGCGCGCAGAAAGUUUGCGGCUGCCCUCUCGGCCUAGGAGGCUCGCCGCCCGCGCCCUACCGUUCGGCCUCGCCCGGGACCGGGUCCUGUGCGCACACCGCCACGAUGAACAAGCUUUACAUCGGCAACCUUAACGAGAGCGUGACCCCCGCUGACUUGGAGAAAGUAUUCGCGGAGCACAAGAUCUCCUACAGCGGCCAGUUCUUGGUCAAGUCUGGCUACGCCUUCGUGGACUGCCCCGACGAGCACUGGGCGAUGAAGGCCAUCGAAACUUUCUCGGGGAAAGUAGAACUGCAAGGAAAACGCCUAGAGAUUGAACAUUCGGUCCCCAAAAAACAAAGGAGUCGGAAAAUUCAGAUCCGAAACAUCCCACCUCAGCUCCGAUGGGAAGUACUAGACAGCUUGCUGGCUCAAUAUGGUACAGUAGAGAACUGUGAACAAGUGAACACCGAGAGUGAGACAGCAGUGGUCAAUGUCACCUACUCCAACCGGGAGCAGACCAGGCAAGCCAUUAUGAAGCUGAAUGGCCACCAGUUGGAGAACCAUGCCCUGAAGGUCUCAUACAUACCCGACGAGCAGAUAGCACAGGGCCCUGAGAAUGGGCGCCGGGGUGGCUUUGGCUCUCGGGGUCAGCCUCGGCAGGGUUCACCGGUGGCAGCAGGGGCUCCGGCCAAGCAGCAGCAAGUGGACAUCCCCCUCCGACUCCUGGUGCCCACACAGUAUGUGGGUGCUAUCAUUGGCAAGGAGGGUGCUACCAUUCGUAACAUCACAAAACAGACCCAGUCCAAGAUAGAUGUGCAUAGAAAGGAGAAUGCAGGAGCUGCAGAAAAGGCCAUCAGUGUGCAUUCAACCCCAGAGGGCUGCUCCUCAGCCUGUAAGAUGAUCUUGGAGAUUAUGCAUAAGGAGGCAAAGGACACCAAAACGGCUGACGAGGUUCCCCUGAAGAUCCUGGCCCAUAAUAACUUUGUGGGACGACUCAUUGGCAAAGAAGGGCGGAACCUGAAGAAGGUGGAGCAGGACACAGAGACAAAAAUCACCAUCUCCUCGCUGCAGGAUCUCACUCUCUACAACCCUGAGAGGACUAUCACUGUGAAGGGGGCUAUUGAGAACUGUUGCAGGGCUGAGCAGGAGAUCAUGAAGAAGGUUCGAGAGGCCUACGAGAAUGACGUGGCUGCCAUGAGCUUGCAGUCUCACCUCAUCCCAGGCCUCAACCUGGCUGCCGUAGGUCUCUUCCCAGCCUCGUCCAGUGCUGUUCCGCCACCUCCCAGCAGCGUCACUGGUGCUGCUCCCUACAGCUCCUUUAUGGCUCCAGAGCAGGAGAUGGUGCAGGUGUUCAUCCCCGCCCAGGCUGUGGGUGCCAUCAUCGGCAAGAAGGGCCAACAUAUCAAGCAGCUCUCACGGUUCGCCAGUGCCUCCAUCAAGAUUGCUCCACCCGAAACACCUGACUCCAAAGUUCGAAUGGUUAUCAUCACAGGACCCCCGGAGGCUCAAUUCAAGGCUCAGGGAAGAAUCUAUGGCAAACUCAAAGAAGAGAACUUCUUUGGUCCCAAGGAGGAAGUAAAGCUGGAGACCCACAUACGGGUGCCGGCUUCGGCAGCUGGCCGGGUUAUUGGCAAAGGUGGCAAAACGGUGAAUGAGUUGCAGAAUUUGACCGCAGCUGAAGUGGUAGUGCCAAGAGACCAGACCCCAGAUGAGAACGACCAAGUCAUUGUUAAGAUCAUUGGGCAUUUCUAUGCCAGCCAGAUGGCUCAGAGGAAGAUCCGAGACAUCCUGGCUCAGGUUAAACAGCAGCACCAGAAGGGGCAGAGCAACCAGGCCCAGGCUCGGAGGAAGUGACCAGUCCCUUCCCAUCCCAUUGGCUCCAGAACAGCAGGCGGAAACUAGAACUGGAGGGCGCGUGUGCUCUUCCCGGCAGGCCUGAGAAUGAGUGGGAAUCAGGGGUCUCUAGGCCUGGCUAGAGAUCAGGUUUGCCCACUGUCUUGAGAAAGAUGUUCAGUGAGGAAUCCUGAUCUCUCACCCCCAACUCAACUAGUUGACCACCAUGGCCCACCUCUUGGAAUGCCACCAUUGCAAUUGUAGCUCAGGCUGCUUUUAAACGUGGAUUGUUUUAAGGAAGUUUUCCAGCCUUCACCAAAAGGGUGGGUCAGACCCCCAGUGGGGAAGAGAAAUAAAAUUUGCUUCAGGUUUUUAAAAACCUCAAAAGGAUGGUUUGUUUCUUGACCCUAAAAUCUAUCCAACCUUCUCCCUUCUUGCUUAAUUGAUGAAAAUUCCUCCAUUUUCAUUGCCUUGACUGACACACCAGCUCUUCUUUUAUCCAUUUACAUUGUUUUAUCCUUGUUGCUACAGGGGGAUACAGGACUGGUACAUAGUUUCUAUGACUAUGGAGAAGACCUACCAUUUGUCAUUUAAUUCUGAUCCUUCCUUAAGCAAUCAGUGGGAAUCACAAAAUAUAAAGAAGGAUAAAGAUAUUGAUUAUAUACGCUAAUCCACGUUUAAAAGGAGUACCCGUGGGCUGAGGAUAGAGCUCAGUGGUUAGAGUGCUUGCCUAGCAUGUGCAAGGUCCUGGGUUCCAUCCUUAGCACCCUACCCCAAAAAAAUCAGUAUGCCCUGUGUGUGAUCUAUUCCAGAUCACCAUAUUGAAAAAUUGGUACAAUGGAAAUUUCUCCCGGUUGACUUGGGGUUUCCCCAUUGCAUCCCUCUCAUCCUAUGGGCCCCAUAUCACAUCUUGGUGCAUAUGAGUUGGCACCACAUGCUCAUCAGGGUAGGGGCUGACCACUGUCCCUGAUUCCCAUCAUUCUCAGGCGGAUUUUAUAUUUUUUAAAAGUCUAUUUUAAUGAUCGGAUAUGAGCACUGGGAAGGGGAUGUGAACUCCCCUUGAUAAAGCCUCAGUUCCAUGGAGGAUUUGAGUGGCCCAAAGGUGCCCUCACCCCAGCCCAUGUGCUCCAAAUAGGGCUGGUUCCUAGAGGCAAGGGUUGUGGUGUACUCCCCACCACGGGCACUGUUUUCUUGGUGGAGGUGGGACUUGGAACCCAACCCUGAGCGCCUGAUAAAGCUAAAGUCCAUCAUCUGGCAAACAGUCAAUUGGAGCUUAUUUGCUUCUGUUUUUAUUCUAGAGGAGUAUUUAACUGCUUCUGCCUCCAUGAAUUCCUGUCACAAUGCAAAAGCCUGCCUAAAAACACCAGAAUAAACAAACCAGCAUCAUUAUGCACAAAGGGGUGAGCACACUUAAUUUAUUAACUUACCAGGCUCAGUAAGAUCCUGUUAGAAGGUUAGCCCCUUGUGGAGGACAGCAGCUAGCAGUUAAUUGAGGGGAGGCCUCCCCUCGUAAUGCUGUACUGAUUGUAAUGCAUAUCAGCCAGGUGAUGCACUUUAGCUACCCUGGACAAUACUAUCAUGUGUUCUGGGAAGGAAGGAAGGCCCAUGCAUGUGGAGCUCCCCUCCUCCCAACAUUACAAGGACAACAGUGACAAAAACCAUGACGUAUGGGCGGAGUCAGGCAGUGCUGUGUGUGGAGUAAACUACCUCAAGGUAUGAAGUUACCUCAGCAAUUUUCCUUUUUGUUCCCCUAAACCCCAGUGUUUUUUGUUUCUUUAAAAAAAUUUUUUAAUCUUUUUUUUUCUUUGCGGCUUGCUGAUAUUUUAUAUGAAAAAGAGAAGCAAAGCAGAAGAGAUGCUGAUAGUCUUGAAUAUUUUAUUUUUUUAAUGAAAAGAAAAAAAUGAGAAAGUUAUGUUUCAUAAUUUCUUACAAUAUGAGCCAGUAACCCUUU